UUACAACACUAUGUUGUAUGCUUGGGGAAGCAAAUCUCCUUAAAAAAAAAAGUUUUAAAGCAGCUUAAAAAAAAUAAAAUAAUCGGGGCUGGUUCACUAACGAUAAAUAAAGAGAAGAGACUCCCGAGUCUGCCUCUUCUCUCUCUCUCUAUCUGAAAAACCUAAAACUCUUUUGUCCCUCACCGCCGGAUCCGGCUCAGGCUCCGGCUUUUCUCGCGGUCGAGUCUUAUUCUGCAUUUUCUUUCUCGUUGUCUUGCGCCAUCCCCCCUCACUGUGCUAAAAGUAAGAAAAAUGUUUCUGAAAGUCCAGUUGCCAUGGAAUGUUGUAAUCCCUGCUGAGAAUUUGGAUACCAAAGGAUUGGUGCUUCAAAAGUCCAUUAUCGUCCGUUUGCUUGAUGAGUUUGCUACUAAGAAAGCAACCAAAGAUCUUGGAUACCUUCUUGCUGUGACAACUCUAGACCACAUAGGAGAAGGGAAAGUAAGGCAACACUCUGGGGAUGUGCUUUUCCCUGUACGGUUCAGUUGUAUCAGUUUCAAGAUUUUCAGGGGAGAGAUAGUGGAGGGUGUUGUACACAAGGUGCUCAAGCAUGGAGUUUUCUUGAAAUGUGGUCCCAUUGAGAAUGCUUAUCUCUCUUCUCUUAAGAUGCCCGGUUACACCUAUACUGUUGGGGAAAAUCCAGUCUUCCACAGUGACAAGCAGCCCACAAUUGAGAAAAAUGUGGUGGUUCGGGUCAUUGUUAUAGGGACCAAGUGGCUUGAAGCUGAAAGGGAAUUUCAAGCUUUGGUCAGUGUGGAUGGUGAUUAUCUCGGCCCCCUUGACAAGGAGUCUUGAAGAUUCCUUUUAUCUUAUUAUGUAUAUAAACUGUUACAUGUUGCAGCUAAUUCCUGUAGUACUACUCCUUAACAAGUUUAACUGUAAGAUUUUAUAUAGCAUGCAAUAUUUUUGUGGAUCGUGACU